UCACAAUUAUUAUAAUGGAAAGCAACAAUUGUCCUAUAAUGAAUGAAGGUGUCCAAAUUGAAAGCCGAUGUUACGCAUGCGGGCAGAUAAUCGAGGACCACUUCCUGAUGAAUGUUUUUCCAGGUGUGAAGUUCCACGAGAGGUGCCUGAAGUGUGUCGAGUGUGGCAAGUUGCUCGAUGAGAGGAACGUCUGCUACUGCAUGAAGGCACAAAUAUACUGCGCUCAUGACUUCAACAGAUUAUUUGGUGGUAGAGGCGGCAACUUCAAUGAAAACCUUCCUGGCGAACCACAUCAGCCACAAGAAACACACUCAUCCCCUUCCUCUGCCCCUUCGACAUCACCUGCAGCACCAGCCACCAGGCCACCGCGACAUCGGACGCCGAUGACGGAGGCUCAACUGCAGGCACUGAAGACUUCCUACAUGUCCAACCCGAGACCCGACGCCCGAGAAAGAGAACGACUGUCUUCAGUAUUAGGUUUGAAAGCCAGAGUCAUUCGAGUUUGGUUUCAAAACAGAAGAUGCAAAGAAAAAAAAGAAAACUUGAAAAAUUGAAUUUAUUUUUUUUUCAUAGUAUUUUCAAUGAUUAGGUAUAACAUGUACAAUAGUGGUUUAAUUCGUUCUAUGUAAUUGAACACUGGUAUGAUCUUUAAAAUAUUUCAUAUAAUAAUUGGGUACGUAUGUAUAUAUGUAUUGUAUUAUAUUGUAUUGUACAUUGUGUAUAUAUAAAUAUAAACAAUUAUAUAAAUGUGUAUUUAUAUAUAAUAUGUAUGUGUUACCUAUUGUUUUCCUUUUGGAGUCUAACAUCUGCUUAAUUCCAAUAGAAAACGGAGAUACAUUUUUCUAUUUCAAACUCUAAUUUAAGUUUUUAAUCAGUACCGAAAAUUGCGCAGCCUUUAUUUUUUUGGUCAAACUCAAUUUUGGGUUGAGAACAAGGAAAUGAAGGCGAAAGAGGAGCUAAUGUAUAAUUUUGAAAUAAAAAAUAAAUAAAUUUGUUUUCAAAACAAA